AGUGACAAAAGAAUGCAAGUGGCUCAUUCUGCAAUCUCUCAAGCAUCAGCAAAUACUCUGGAGUUAGGCCCCCAGCAAAAGCAGGGAAAUUUAGAAGAAUCACAUGAUAGCAGCAUAGCUGAAAAUAAAGAGCUAUCUGAGAGUGACAAAGAUGGCUCUCCAGAGAACCUAAAAAGCUAUAUUAUAGAAAAGCAAGAAAUGGAAGAUGUUUCAAUAAUCCUUCCACACACUGCUGCCAAAAGUAGUCAACAGCAUGUUUCAAAUGUAGGAUCUGAAAAACACAGAGACUCAAGCAAUCUGAAAACAGUCACCAGCACCGAUGAAAAGGAACAUAAAGACAUGGCUCCAAAAAAUAAGGAUUUAUUGGAGUUAAGUUAUCACAGUGACUGUCAGGAUAUAUGCGGAAGUAAAUCAGAUUUGUCUCUAGACAUUACAAGCAGCCCUCAAACAUCACCUCCUUUGUUAGAGCCAGAAACAUUCAAAUAUAAUCCUGAUGCAGUACCAGAGGAGGACUCAGAUAAAAGUAUUGCUUCUAUGGAAGGGAAUAUGUGUGACACUGAGCAUCUGCAGAAUAGUUCUGAUCUCCAGGUAUCUACUUUGCAAGACUGCACUCAGCAAAAUAAAACCGACCUUGAGGCAGAAGAAAAUAGCUUCAGGAGGCAGAUCUCUAGCAAGCCCAAGCAGGAGAGCUAUUCUUUGAUCUCAGUCAGUAAUCGUGAAGAAGCAUGUCAAGAUGAUGCACUUUCAAAAGAAUCUGACAUAAAUGAACAGCCAAACAGCAUAUGUAAGGCAGUAGACAAUAUUAAUGUAAGCAGUGCUGGUGCUAUUGACUGUAUUCCAGGGGCACAGAAUUCAAUAAAUGUCACUGAUGCACCACAGACUUCACUAACUGAUAUUGAAAUAAUAUGUUCUAAUGAUGACUUCGAGGAAAAUAUAUAUGAAAAAAACAAGAACGCUGCUCAAAUACCUAGUUCAGAAAACCAGGAAAAAACACAAUCGUUGGCAGAAGGCUCAGUUCUAGAGACAAAAAAGGAUCUGCCUUCAGACAGCGAAAUCAUCCCAGAAAUUGAAAAUAUAAAAAUAAAUUUUGAAAGGGACUCAUCUGUCACAGAGACGAGCAAUCAGAAUGCUGAUGCAAAGGAAUAUCCUUCUGCAUUACAGGAACACAGGGAAGUGGCUCCCAGCAAUGCUUCAUAUACAUUAAACUGCAUUAAAAAAGCCAAGAAUGAGUAUCUGCCUGCUAGGUCUGCAACAGAAGAACUCCCAAAUCUUUUGACGUCGACCUUUGCAUUGGAUUAUCAUAGUGAAGCUAGCCAGCAACCUGAAACCUGUAAAAAUGACAGCAUUGUGGAUGAGUUACUAAAUAAUAAGCUGGUAGUUAAAACAUGCCUAAAUGUCUUAGAAGCUACUUCUGAAUUGCAGAGUACAGCUGAUGCUACUGUACCUGUGCAUUUAAAAGACAUUUCACCUGGGAUAAUAAACACAGCUGAUGAAAACAUCACGGAAGUGGAAAAUUUGGAAAAUACUUCAGUGAAAGAAACGAGUAUUCCUGGCCAGACUUUCCUGUGUGAAGGAGAGAGAAUUUCAUCCAUAUCGAAUCAUGCUGAUGCAGGGCAAUUUGCAGGAAAUUUAUCACAAUUUAAUUUUGAGAAGCUGAAGGAGAUUUCUACAAUUAAAACUAAAGGAACAAAAAGUGAUCUAAACUUCAAAGCACAGAAAAGUGACAGUUCAACUGAGCCUCUGUUCAGUCUUCCUAGCCUAGAAGAGAGACUGCUGGUUCUUUCAUCUGCUGGUAAACAAGAAAGAGGUAACGAGGAAAUUGCAACAAAUAUCUGCAAAGAUGACAAGUUCAGGAAGAUCUCAGAAAACUCUGGAAGUGAAAAUGUUUUGAAAGAGGAUACUAUCAUAACCAAGACAAAAAUAAAUAUUUCCAAACAGUCUGCAGAAAACAGUGAAAGGGCAAAUGAUAUUUCAAUUUCCAGGACCUUUGGUACUGGUUCCAGUUUUCCUGAUUUCAGGGACCAUAUAAGCAAAAUAUUUGAGAAAACUGUGCGCAAUACUUUAAAUGCUGAAUUACCCCAACUUUCAUCUGAAAUACAUGCUGGAAGGGGGCAGAGUCUAGUAGAUAAAAGUACACCAUUUCUGCAAAGCUCUAAGAACUUUUCAGAGCCUAACACAGUAGCUGAAGGAAUUGAUGCAAGCAUGAGUAAUGUAGGAGAAGAAAGUGACUCGAAAAUAGAGAGACAAGAGCUGCCUUUGGAUUCUGAGAUUUUUAGUGAAGUGCUCAAAGAGAAGACAGCUCAGCUAGAAGACAUGAUCAGAGAACUAAAGCUUCCAGAAAAUGCGGAACAUAAACAGCCAGGUACCUUUUCAGAAGAGAAAGUGUCCUUAUUGGAUGGUUCUAAAUCUGUUGAACCGUCUCUUGUGAAUUUAAGAAAGCAGGACAGCAAAACUGAGAGCCCAAAAAGCAGUCAGCUGGAAGGAGAGGCAGAUACACAUACUAGCAGGGUGAAUGCUAAAGCUCCUGUUGACCAAGAGAUAGGAAAGCUGGAAUCUGCUUCAUCCGAUGGGGUUGAAACUGUGAACUUAACUGCAUCUUAUGAUAAGGAGGACCAACCCACUUUAGAAAAUACAGGCAUUGUUCUGAAGGGUGAUUUACAAAGUGCCGCCAUCCCAGAGGCAGAAGAAUGUAAUGUAAUGUUACAAUGUCAUGCAGAAUCAGAAGAUCUAAUAUCUUAUGGAAAGCAAUGCCAGGACAUUAUGCCAAAUGAGCAGAAGAAAAGCAAAGACUGUAACCCAAGCCCUGUCAAUAGCACCUGCAACAUGUCAGCAUCAGCAAUUGUCCAAGGAGAUAACUUCAAAGCUGAAGUAAAAAGAGAUGAUCUUCAUAUGUUGCCUGUUGAAAACCAAGAGAAAUCCUCUCUCAAUAAUCUGGUGCAUGAAAUUAAGUCUCGGGAUGACACGUGUAUGAUGCUGGAUGCUUUGGGAAGCAGAAAAAAUGUGGAAAUAUUAGGAAACGUUCAAGACACACAGCAGGGGAAAGAAGCAACAAUAUGUGGGUUAUUAGUUCCCUUAAAAAAUGACCUAAGCCAUGAUGAUCAUUCCCAAGCUGACUUCAUGUUUAAAGUCAGCUGUGUCACUAAGGGAGAGGUAAAGAAAGAAAGUGACACCAUGUUCGGCACAGCAGAAGCAGAGGCAUCUGUAUGUGGCAAUGAACAACUUGGCGACACCCCUAAAACAGGUAUUACAAAGACAGUGUUAAUUGGUGAAGGUGACACAGCUUUGCAAGCAAGCAUUCAAGAUCAAGGGACAAAUAAAAAAAAGCAUUACUCAGAAACUAUUACCAGGCUGGAACCAGAAGAGGUUUUUAUAAGUACAGAUUUUAAUGUUGCUUCUGCAAAUCAAUGGAGCAAGAUGCAUUCAGAACAUGACAGCUCACCGCUGGAUUCGGAAGGAAAGGCACCAAUCUCUUCAUUCGCUGAGUCUAAGAAACAUCACAGGAAUGAAUUUCUGGACAUGCCUACUGAAGGAUUUCCUACAGAAAGCAACUUCCCUGAACCCUGUCAUUCUGUCCUUCCUGUACCUGAAAAGGAUGCUAUAACUGUAACAACUAAGGCCACAUCAGAUGAGGCAAGAGAUGACAUCAGAGUAGAAAGUUCUCCUGUGCCAGGUGAUGUCAUAAAAUUGGCUUCUUCCACUGAUUCUUCCCAGCAACCGUUAGCGGGUUCUCUGCCUUGUGAAAAUGUUGCUGCUCUGGUUGAAGCUGAGCUGACUGCAGCAAGCACUUCUCAGCCUGGUAGCUACAAAGAAGUGGAGAACCCUUUUACAUCUGUUCCUGAGGAUGCAUCUUUGGCUCCUACACCAGCUAAUGAUGUAGAAUCGCUUGCUCAAGAUGGUACUAGAUUGACAAAGGAAGUAAAGAGGAGUUCAGACUCUGAAGAAGCGUUCGAGACACCAGAAUCCACAACUCCUGUAAAGGCUCCACCUGCACCAUCUCAGAUACCACUGGAAGCAGUGGUGGUAGAAGCAGCAGCAGCAGCAGCAGCAGCAGACUCAGCUGAACAGGAAGUAAGGACACAGCUUCCCUUGGAAGACACAGGAUCCUGUUCCGAUACUGUGUCCAUAAUUGAUGCAUCGCACGUUGAAUCAAUUGAAGAAAGCCCUUUCCGUCCUCCCUCCCAUUCAUUUUCUACUGUCUUUGAUGAGGAUAAGCCUAUAGCCAGCAGUGGGACUUACAACUUAGACUUUGAUAACAUUGAAUUGGUAGAUUCUUUCCGUAACGUAGAACCUAGCACUCCAGACGCUACGAAUUGUGACCCUAAAGUGAAUGUUAGAAGGAAAUCCACAGAUUCGGUCCCAAUUUCCAGAACUACUUUGUCUCGGUCCCUUAGUUUGCAAGCUAGUGAUUUUGAUGGAGUUUCUUAUCUUGGCAAUAAUGAGACUGUAGUUCCAACGGCAGAUGUGUUCAAUACUGGGUCAAGUAGUGCUUCUAGUACCCUUAAGCGAACAAAGAAACCCAGGCCACCUUCCUUAAAGAAGAAGCAAUCUGCAAAAAAAUCUGCAGACUCUCCACCAGUGAAAGAAACACAACAAGAACCAUCUGACAUUACCCAACAAGCUUUUGUCCCGAGUGAAGAAAAACUGGUGUCUGAAGUAAAAGUUGAAUCAAUUAAAUCUGAAUGUACUGAACCUUCCCAAAUCUCUGCAGAGAAACAGGAGGUCCCUGCUGAGCCUGAAACUUCCUAUCCCUUUGAGCAAGAGAACUUUGAAGGGAAUAGUACAUUUAGUACUGGAGGCAGCAAAGUGCAAAAUUCUCCCCCUGCCAGUAAAAAAACCCAACCUCUUACAACGGCACCAGAGGCUGUGAAGGUGACUCCAUCUGACACUGGAGGACAAGAGGAUCCUCCAGUCAAAGGUCUAGCUGUGAGACUAGAGUUUGAUUAUUCUGAGGAAAGGGGCAGCAGAGAAGACCUGCAAGAAAGCACUGCCCCGCCCAAAAAGACAGGUAAAAAAUCUGGUGCCAAAAUGCCACUAAGGAGGCCAAAGACUAAAAAGACAGUGGAAAAGCUUGAUAAUGCUCCUACCACACCAACCAAGUCACUCACUGAGCCCAGUGAUAUCCCGAUUUCAAAAGGUUCUUAUACUUUUGAUAUUGACAAGUGGGAUGAUCCCAACUUUAACCCAUUCUCUUCCACUACAAAAAUGCAAGAAUCUCCCAAAUUGCCACAAGAAGCUUACAGUUUUGAUCCAGACACCUGCGAGGAUUCAAUUGAUUCUUUCAGGCCGUCUUCAAAGAUCACCAGCUCACCUUCCAAAUCUCCAGCCUCCUUUGAGAUACCAGCCAAUGGCAAUGAAACAAAUGGAACUGAAGGAGACAACCUAAAUAAACCCGCAAAAAAAAAGAAGACACCACUGAAAACGAUGGUAGAAGAUGUGAUGUCUGUAUGUUCUCUGUUUGAUACAUUUAGGGUGAAAAAGUCACCAAAAAGAUCUCCCCUCUCAGAUGCACCCUCUCAGGACUCCACUCCGCUGCCUACUCCAGAAACACCCCCAGUUAUAUCCACUGUAGUUCAUGCGACAGAUGAGGAAAAACUGGCUUCUUCAGUAACCAGUCAAAAAUGGACUUGCAUGACUGUGGCUCUGGAUUCAGAUAAACAGGAUUACCCACAGCCAUCCGAUCUAUCUACAUUUGUAAACGAGACCAAGUUCAACUCCCCUACAGAGGAGCUGGAAUAUGGCAACUCAUAUGAAAUAGAAUAUAUGGAGAAAAUAGGCUCCUCCUUGCAGCAAGAUGAUAGCAUCCCGAAGAAACAAUCUUUGUACCUUGUAUUUGAUGCACAGCAGGGAAGUCCAGUCAAAUCUCCUCCAGUCAGACUAUCUGAUUCUACAACUCCAUGUUCAGGAUCAAGUUUUGAUGAAACUGAAGCCCAGCUAUCCUCUGGAAUGAAAACGCAGCACCCAGCUUCCCGAAUUCUAACUGCCAGCCAAGAGACACGCAUACAGACACCAGACAAAUCAAAACAGAAAGAACUCGAGCCCAUGAGCUUAGGAACAGUUUCAGAUGCCACUGAAAUAACAACUCCUGUGGACUCCUUUAUCUCUGCUGAGGCUCUUCUCAAUAGGAUAUCUCAUCAGACAUCCAUAUGUGGUCAACUUGAAUAUCUAGAACCUGACUUAGCAGAAAAGAACCCCCCAGUAUUUGCUCAGAAACUUCAGGAGGAGUUAGAGUUUGCUGCAAUGAGGAUAGAAGCUCUGACGCUAGCCAGACAGAUUACCCUGUCUUCUUUCUCCUCCUUAGAUUCCGAGAAAGAGCCUGCUAUCCCAGCAGACGUUUCCAUCUCGAAAAGUACUCUGUAUUCACGAAUCAGUACUUCUGAGGCAGAAAAUACCUCAGGUCUUCUCUACCAACAACAAGAUUUGGAUUCUGCACUACGAAUUGCCAGAGAGGAGACUGUGGCAAAAGAAAGAGAAGUAUCUGAAUGGAAAGACAAAUAUGAAGAAAGCCGAAGGGAGGUGAUGGAGAUGAGGAAAAUAGUUUCAGAAUAUGAGAAGACGAUUGCUCAGAUGAUAGGCAAACCUGAGGAUGAACAGAGAGAGAAAUCAGUCUCCCAUCAUACUGUUCAGCAGCUGAUAGUAGAGAAGGAACAAGCUUUGGCAGACCUGAACUCAGUGGAGAAAUCUCUGGCAGAUUUAUUUAGGAGAUACGAAAAAAUGAAAGAGGUUUUGGAGGGAUUUCGGAAAAAUGAAGAAGUGUUAAAGAAAUGUGCACAGGAGUAUUUAUCACGAGUAAAGAAAGAGGAGCAGAGGUAUCAGGCACUCAAAGUUCAUGCAGAAGAAAAACUGGACAGAGCCAAUGCUGAAAUUGCACAAGUCCGAGGCAAGGCUCAGCAAGAACAAGCAGCGUAUCAGGCCAGUCUCCGUAAAGAGCAGCUGAAAGUGGAUGCAUUGGAAAGAACACUGGAACAAAAGAAUAAAGAGAUAGAAGAAUUAACAAAGAUUUGUGAUGAACUGAUUGCCAAAAUGGGGAAAAGCUAACUUUUAACCAAAUUUGUGGACUUCAACAUUGAGUGCAAUAUGACCAUUGGCACACUGAUGUCCAUACGUUGAUGUGGACAGGUUAUAUUUUCACUUUUUCGUAUGCACUACUGUAUUUUCUUUCUAAAUAAAGUUGAUUUAAUUGUAUGCAGUACUAAGAUGACUAUCAGAAUUUCUUGCUAUCGUUUGCAUUUUCAUAUAUUUCAUAGCAAGUUGAUCUCAAAGUUCCUGUAUCAGGGAGAUGGUCAAGUUCUCUAAUAAAUUACAAAUUGCUGAUCCUAGCCUUCCCUUUGUACAUGAGUUCCCAUGUUGGAUGUCUUUUGGAUUUAAUAUAAACAUGUAUUACUUGCAUGGGGACUCUUGCCUUAAGGAGUGUAAACUUGAUCUGCAUUUGUUGAUUUGUAAAAUAAAAUAAAAAGUGGGAAAAAAAGCAUGUCUCUCAAAUAAAAUUCUAUUGUAAAUAAAUUUUUUCGUUGAAACUUAAAAA